CAUAAAAAGGAUCUCUUGACUCAAAGACAUUUAUUAAUGGGAAUGAGGUAUCGGUAUCUUCAUCUUAUGAACCAGAGCGUGAAUCUAAAGAGAAAAUAUGGACUUCAAGUUAGUUGCAGUAGCAAACGCACGGGUUCUUUUAUCAAUAGAACUUAACAAGAAGUUCUAAAUGCGAGUUUGAUAAUACUGACUUUGUGAAACAUUGUUGGAAAUGUAGACAUGGAAGUGUAGAUAUAUGUAAGGGCAACACUGCUGGAAUUCUGGAUUAUUGGAUAAUUCACAUUGUCAAAGCCUUAACAUCAAUUAUCUACGACAUGGAAGCUUAAAUGUAGGAGUUGUAAACCUUCUAUUUGUGAAUGGGCUGAUGUGGGUUAUGUUUAGUAAUGGUUCAUACAGCCUCUCAGUAGUACUGAAAGAUUCACACAAACAGAAAUUUCCAAUGGCAUCGGCUUCAACAAGUAUGACAUCGGUUGAAAAGAGUUACACAUAUGACGUUUUUAUAAGUUUUAGGGGUAAAGACUUACGUACCAGUUUUGUUGAUCAUCUUUACCAUGCUCUUCGGAAAAGAGGCAUUAUUGUUUUUAAAGAUGAUAAAGACAUCGAGGUCGGACAAAAGAUCGGUGACGAGCUCCCCAAAGCCAUUAAAGCUUCCAAGUUUCACAUCGUUAUUUUCUCCCAGAGAUAUGCAGAUUCUUAUUGGUGCUUAAACGAGCUCGUAGAGAUCCUAAAGUGCCAGAAACCGGGGGACCCAACUUUUUACCCGAUCUUCUAUCACGUGGCACCCAGCGAAGUCCGCGAACAAAAGGGGCCAGUUGAAAAAGCAUUCGCAAAACACUUAGAGAAUGAGGCUGCUGGGAGAUGGAGAGCUGCUAUGGAAAAAGCAGCGACUCUGGAAGGGUGGGAGUUGACCAAGACUGGUGAUGGGCAUGAAGUUCAGUUCAUCGAGAAAAUUGUUCACGCCAUUGCACAAAAGCCAUAUUUUGCCAAUUUCAGUGUUAAUGAAAACUUAGUAGGCAUGACGGCCCGGGUGGAGAAAUUACUUUUAAGUUUACAAGUUGGCUUUGAUGACGUUCGGAUGAUAGGAAUCACCGGUCUGGGUGGUGUGGGGAAGACGACUCUGGCAAGUGUAGUUUUUAAUCGGAUAGCCAAUCAGUUUGAUGGUAAAAGCUUUGUUCAGAAUGUUAGAGAACGCUCAGAACACCCUAGGGGUUUGCAGGAUAUGCAAAAACAGGUCCUUACUUCUGUGUUUUGCGAUCAAAGCAUUGACGUGCCAAGUGAUGUUGAGGGGCGUAUUUUGAUGAAAAGGAGGAUGCCUAGCAUAAAUGUUCUUGUAGUUCUAGAUGAUGUGAAUGAUGUAAGGCAACUUAAGGCGUUAGCAGAACCAAGUUGGUUUAGGCCAGGAAGUAGAAUCAUCAUUACAUCAAGAGAUAGACAAGUAUUGGUAGCCCAUGGAGUUGAGAGUCACAAUAUUCAUGAUGUUAGUACGUUAUCAGAUGAGGAUGCAAUUCGUCUCCUUAGUAGGUAUGCUUUUAAUACAGAGUGUCCAGCUCAGGGUUAUGAAGAGCUAUCUAAAGCAGUUAUACGCUAUGCUGCUGGUCUUCCUUUAACCAUCGAAACUUUAAGUUCAUCUCUCCGUGCUCGUCCUACGAAUGAAUGGGAAGAUGCCAUCAAAAGACUAGAAACAAUUCCAUGGGAUGAUACCUUGAAUAAAUUGAAAAUAAGCUAUGAUGCUCUAGAGAAGGAUCUGAAAGAGAUAUUCCUACAUGUUGCUUGCCUAUUGAAAGGCCGGAGGAAGAAGAGAGCUAUCAGAAUACUAGAAAGUUUAGGAUUUCAUGCUGAAUUUGGUAUAGGAGUUCUCGAGCAGAAAUCCUUAAUUACUCUCCGUGAUGAUCCUUAUAAUUAUCAUCCUUAUGAUAAGAAGGUGUUGGACAUGCAUGAUCAUAUAGAAGAAAUGGGAAUGCAUAUUGUUCGUAGUAUGCAUCCUGAGCCUGAGCAACGUAAGCUACAAUGGAUUAAAGAUGAGAUUGAAAAUAUAAUAAAAGAAGACAUGGUAAGAUUCAAGCUUAUUUUGUAAUAUGGGAGAUACGUACCAUGUUUAACUAGAGUUAUGUGCGCGCGAUGCGGCGGUGUAAUGAAAGCGCUGA